CGAUUGACUGGCAACCACAAUAUCCACUUUCGAUGGCCGAGAACGUUAAGCCAAGGCUCUCCAUUGGCGAGAAACUGAAGCUGGUUGGGGUGUUGCUAUUUGUCGCUCCAUGUAAGCUCGCAAUCGUCGUUGCGCAUGUGCUUUUGUUCGCCAUCCGGAACAACUUGAACAUUCGGCUGUAUCUGUUGAGUGCUGGGGUCAGAGUCCUCUUGAGUACCUUUACGGCUCGUGAAAUCCAAACCUUGCUUCCGUCAACCGAAGAGGUGUACAGAGCGUGGAUUCAGCGAAAAGCGAGGUUGACCAAGGACCGCGCCCUGAAAGAGCGACUCCAAUGCGACAUACAGCCUCUUCCCGAAGCAAACUCAAGCAUUCUCUGGGUUGGGAACCGUCACAAAGCCCGUAAAGUGGUACUCUACUUCCAUGGCGGAGGAUAUGUCAUGCCGAGCCAGCCAGGGCACUUUGAAUGCAUGUGGAAUACGUUCAUCCUCUCUGGGGUAGAAUCAGAUACCGAGGUGGCUGUGGCUUUUCUACAGUAUUCCCUCGCUCCCGCUUCGAAAGCUCCCGUACAGCUCCGUCAGGCUGCAUCUGCGCUCUCUGAGAUUCUCAAGGCAGGCUUCAGCGCCAAAGAUAUCGUCAUUGGUGGUGACUCUGCUGGUGGCAAUCUCGCAAUGCAGGUUCUCCAUCAUCUAAUCGAGCCUCAUGUUGACGCUUGCCGUAUCACAUUGGAUGAGCCUCUGUCUGCCGCUGUCUUGGUGUCGCCAUGGCUCAGUUUGGACUAUUCCAGCCCCUCAUUCCUGGAAUAUGACAGCAGCGACAUGCUUUCUAGAAGCAUCAUGCGCUCCCUGGGGCUAUGUUCUUGGGAUCACGAAGAACAGAAUAACUCGGACAAUAACAGCAGCUGGGCGGAGCCUCUUGAAUGUAGAGGAGCUUGGAUAGGUAAACUGAACAACGUAGUCGAGAAGAUUCAUAUAACUGUUGGUGAAAGGGAGAUUUUGUUCGACCAGGCAAAGUCAAUGCACAAGGCCAUCGAAGCCAUGAAGACUGGAGUUCAAGUGACGCUGGAGAGCGAUCCGAACGCGGCCCAUGACUUCAUUAUAGCUGAGGGAAUUCUCGAACAAAUCGGCGAGGCGACGAUAAGAAUGAAGCAGUGGUACAAGGGAUUGCUAUGAAAAAUAGGUAUUUAGUAUCCUCUCGACAGGAGUGCAAAAAGGGGGUGGCAUUCGGACAUGGUGAUACUUAGUAGUCUCAGUCAUUCUAUGCGGUACUUCCAUUC